AUGAGUCAAAAUAACAAAGAUGUCGAGGCUUCCAUCCCUCUCAAUGCCAUGCCGAGAGCAUCAGACGUAGAGAGGGAUCUUACCCAUGGUGAACAUAUCGAAGUAAAGAUUGCCGAGCCUAGAGCCCCUUCAAACCAACCUAAGAAGAUCACCAUCCCAGCUAUUAUCAUCAUCCCAAUCUGGAUGGCAUGUUCCAUCUCUGUCAUCUUGUACAACAAGUACAUCUUCGACAGAUUCGAUGGUCUCAAUUUCCCUUAUCCCGUGUUCUUGACUACUUGGCAUUUAAUCUUUUCUGCCAUCUCAACUAGGAUCUUACAAAGAACUACCACUUUGGUUGACGGUGCUAAAGAUAUCGAUAUGACCCGAGACAGAUGGGUUAGAUCCAUCCUUCCUAUCGGAGCUCUGUUCUCUGGAAGUUUGAUUCUCUCAAACUACGCUUAUCUCUCUUUGAGUGUAUCUUUCAUCCAGAUGUUAAAGGCUUUCGUGCCCGUUGCCAUCUUACUCAUUUCUUUCGCGUUCAGAAUCCAAGAACCCAACAAGAGAUUGAUGGCUAUUGUCUUGAUGAUCUCAACCGGUUGUGCUCUCGCCGCCUACGGUGAAGUUCACUUCGAACUAUUCGGAUUCAUCUGUCAAUGCGCUGCUAUCGCCUUCGAGGCAUCCCGAUUAGUCAUGAUUCAAAUCCUCUUACAUGGAAUGAAGAUGGACCCGAUCGUUUCAUUACACUACUACGCCCCAGUCUGCGCAGUCAUCAAUGCGAUCUUGAUCCCAUUCUUCGAAGGGUUGGAACCAUUCUAUGCUCUUCAUAGAGUUGGAUUGUUGGUACUUUUCACCAACGCCGGUGUGGCUUUCGCUCUUAACGUCGCGGCUGUCUUCCUUAUCUCAGUUGGAUCCGGUCUUAUCCUCACUCUUGCUGGUGUGCUUAAGGAUAUCCUCCUCAUCACUGGUUCAGUCAUUGCUUUUGGUUCCCCCAUCGCUGCUAUCCAAGUAUUCGGUUACUCCAUCUCUCUUGGUGGUUUGGUCAUCUUUAAGACUACCGGUGGUAAAUAA